AAAAAGUUCAGGUUUUUGGUUUGGAUUAUGGGCCACAAUGCCAUCACAUUACGCAGGCAUUCAAUGGAAAGAAGAUCUGCGUUAUUUAGGUGUGCCUCUCUCACAGUAUAGAAAUAGCAACGCUCAUUGGUCGGGAGAAGUUGGCAAAAUUCAACGUAAAGUGAAUUCAUGGCGAGGGCGGAAUUUGUCAAUGUUCUUUCGUGCUGAAGUGUGUAACGUUUUCUUAGCUUCCCGUCUUAUGUAUGUGCUGCAAGUACUGCACUGCUCACGGCUUCGCCUUCAGGCACUGCAUCACGUAUUUGCAACAUUUAUUUGGAGUUCCAGUUGUGAAUCGAUGCGGCGCGACAAUCUGUCCCUCCCUCUUGAACGUGGUGGUCUAGGAUUAGUCCACCUCUUCAUCAGGCAAAUUGUUUCACGCCUGUUUUUCUUUCGAGACAAUGACCAUCCAUUUUUGCGUGAAAUGUUGCAACUCCGUUUAGUUCAUUAUAUUAGUAGUAUAGUGUCAUCAAAUGCCAAAGAUGUCCCACAGGCCCCUUGGGGCUUUCUUAAGGAGGUUGUUGGCACAUUUCUUUUCUCGAAAGUUAGAUUCAGCCUGGAGUACGUAUUCAGUGCGAGUCGAAAAGCAAUUUCUGCGGCACUGGUGGACUCUAUUUUCCCAGAUCCUUUGUAUCGUGCACCUUAUUUAAACCGACCUUAUCAGGAUGUACUUAAGCGCGUCCGAAGAAUGUGUGUACCUCCUGGAGUAAAAACAUUUUUCUUUAAAUUACAUUCGGAAACACUCCCUGUUAAAACUUGGUUGAAUUCGAGGGGUUGCUUUGUGCCGUGGUCAACAAACUGUCGGCUCUGUCCACGUGCCGAAACCAUAGAUCACUGCUUCAUAGACUGUAGGGACGCUGUAUUCUUUUGGGACAUUCUCCAACGGACGCUCAAAAAGGACAUUGACAUGACUCCGUAUACAAUUAGGUUUCUACCGUUUAAGGUUACGGGUGGUCCUCCCUAUGACAUGUUCAUAGUACUUGGUUUACAUAGCCUAUGGAAAAGUAGACUGUGUGACCGCCAUGCCGAAAGCCCGCGAUCUACAAAGUCCUUCUUUCGCGAAAGUGCUGCUUAUGUAAGAAGUGUCUACGCUGCGCAGGAACCUCCGCCAGACUGGAUGCACUUGUUGGAUGCAUGUGUGUCUUUGCCUGAGUUUUAAGUGUGUAGUGGU